UGUGGAAAGUAAGGGAAGAAACAGAAAAGAGGAGACAAUCAUGAAUAGGACAGUAUAGGCGUUAACUAACUCUUAUAGCCAGAAGAUGGCAGUAGUUCAACAGAAACCCGAAGAAGAAGAAGAAGAAGAAGACCCACCCAUUUCUUAGCCAAAAAACAUAUUGCCCGAAAUGCCCUUAAUUAUAAUAUGUGGCUUUCCUUGCAGCGGCAAAAGUCGCCGAGCUCACGAAUUAAGAGAUUACUUCGGCGAAAAUACGGAUAAACAAGUUGACAUAAUUGGAGAUGAAAUGCAGGGUAUUGAUAAGAACUCGGUGUAUGCAGACCCACAGAAGGAGAAAAAUUUGAGAGGUGCUUUGCGGUCUGAAGUUGAAAGGAAAAUCAACAAAGAUGAUAUUGUAAUUCUGGAUUCCUUGAAUUACAUUAAAGGUUACAGAUAUGAACUCUUUUGUCUCAUCAAGCAUGUACAGACACCACACUGUUUGGUCUACUGUUUGACAUCGGCUGCAUUGAGCUCUGAGUGGAACAAGGAAAGAGAAGCAGAUUAUCGAUAUUCCCAGGAAAUUCUGAAUGCUCUAAUUUUGAGAUUUGAAGCCCCUGAUUCAAGAAAUAGGUGGGAUAGUCCGCUCUUUACUAUUCAGAAAGAGGACAGACUUCCAUUUGAAGCUAUCUCUGAUGCCAUUUUGAAAAGGAAAGUGCCACCACCUAACCAGUCUACACAAAGUCAACCACUAUCUACCACCAACUUUUUAUACGAACUGGACAGAGUUACUCAAGAUGUCUUAAUGGCUGUUCUUGACUCACAGAAAACCAGCAUUCCUGGGGAUGUUAUUGCAAUUCCAGGAGCUACAGAAAAAAUUGAUGUAACACGAAGCCUUAACAUAGCUGAACUGAGGAAACUUCGGCGACAGUUCAUCAGUUACACCAAGAUGCACCCAACAGAGAACAUUGGACAGAUAGCCAAUAUGUUUGUGCAGUACCUCAACAAGAGUGUGCACUGAUAGCUGCCUGUAAAUUUAACAGCACAUUUUAGGGUUUUUUUUCUUCAGUGUUUUAAGAGUUAUAAUUAUUCAUUGUUCUGUUUAACAUGUUUUUGAUUAUGAAUUUAAUAAAACGUGUAUAUAUUUUUAGAGAACUUAGCAUGUUACAACUAAAUGUGUUUAUGUAUGUAUAAAUGUAUUUAUGCUUGUAGACACCAACUGAUAGAAUUACUUUUCCACAGUACUAAUUUCCAAAUUCCAUACUAAGUUCCAAUUUGAUGUCCAAUGUGAGAGUCUUACAUUCAAAGAAUUCUGACUGAAGAAUUCAUACUAAUCCUGGGAUUUUAUUAAAACCAAAGCUAUUAAACCAUUAUUCCGUGGUGUUAAA